AUGCCUCGAGUGUUUCGUGUACGGUUUUCCAAGAACGCCCGUUCGGUCGAUCCGAACCUCCACGUUGAUGCGGCCUCGCAUCAAGCUUUCAUUUCCGCGCACAUCCAUCGAAAGAGUCGGCCACCCCUUUGGCGUCUGGAAACACCAGAGUUUCGAAAAAAGACCACUGUUCCUGCGCCAUCUAGCUCCCUGGCCGUCGAUGCGAAUCUUUUGCAAUGGUGGCUGGAUUCAACCUGCAAGCUAUUCGUUCUGGAUCCUCAUUCUAACCCUCUGUCUUUCCCGAUCGUUGAACAUCUCGCAAUCUCUCCUGCUCUUCGUUUUGCUAUAGAGAGUUUCAGCGCCGGUCAUAAAGGCCUUUGGGGUCCCAACUCUAGGGUGGAAUUUCUCGAAAAGCGAGGCCUGGCCUUGAGUCUCUGCCGAGCCGAACUGGCAUCGAAAGCCGUACCUUUGGAAACCGUCUUCUUCACCGUCCUGCUCGUUGGCGUCACCACACCCUUUAUGGGGAAUAUCGAUGAUUACGGGAAAGAGCAUCUUAUUGGUGCGCGCGCGAUCACUGGUCUUCUUCUUCAACAAGACGAGUCGGAGCGUAGUUCGAAGAUCGGACAGAUUCUCGCUUACUAUACCUGGUGGGACAUGGCUUGCUCCUUCUGCAUCGAUCCGCAGGAAUUGCCUCCUUUGAGCACUUCAAAGGUUUUGUCCAUUAUCGGUCGUGAAACCCAGCCACUCCCCUCGCGUUUCGCAGGAUGCAUGGUGGAGAUUUACCAUUUGCUUGGACUUCUUCUGCGUUAUUGCAUGCACGUCCUUCGAGGAGGCGUCCGCGAUGCGGAACACGAAAAGACGCUGGAAAGAGCAUUGAGCGAUUGGAACCCAAUGCGAGUCCUGGACGAAGACGUAAUCUUCGCUGAAGCCUUUCAAAAACACGGCCUCAUCAUCUUCCAUCGCGUCUGUCACAUGCGAUCGGCCGACUUCGAUGAGGGAGCGGGGCCGAGCACAGCCUUAACAACCCAAAUACGCCAAUACGCCAUCACGAUCCUCUCCACAGUGUUAAAUUGUCAGAUUGGAACUCCGUUUUGGAACAACCUGACUAUCCCUCUGUUGACCGCGGGAGCCGAGCUGACGAUGGAUGAUCAAGCGCUGAGAGAGAACGUCAGACAGGCAUUAUCGUCCGUCCGCUUCCAGUGUCAGACCAUAACACUGAUGCGAGCCCAGAAUCUCCUCGAGGAAAUUUGGUCUGUACGUGACCGUGGGAUCAAGAUUUCUUAUCUGGAGUUAAUGCUUCUGAAAGGAUGGAACUUUUCCCUGGUAUGA